AGGUGAUGAGUUAAGUGUGUUGGAUAAUUUUUUUUUUAUGUUUCAAUAUGAUAUGUUUGCAAGAGAUUAUAACUAUGAGAAAGAAUUUGAUAAAAUUGAUGAAUAUUGGUAGAUGGAUUGAGUAUGUUGGUAUUAAUUAUGUAUGUGGGAAUUGUAUAGAUAUGAGUAAACGGGAUGACGAUACUUUGUCAGAUGAGUACGAGGAGGAAGCAGAAUGUUUGGAGGAAGAAGGUGGAUCAAAGAGGAAGAAGAUUUUGAAAGGAAGUAAGAGGAAGAAGAGGUUGAAAGGUGUGGCUGAAGAGGUUGGAAGCGAAUGUAUGAGGAGGAAAUUUAAAUUUACAAGAGAUAUGUUUAGGUAAAUGGUCUAAGUGAAGGUGGUGUAGUGAGAUCCCAUGGUGAGGUUUGUAAAACGCAACUAAUAAAGUGCAAAGGUGCGCAUCCUAAUGUGAAUUGUAGGGUGGAGACAUUAGGCAAGGUUAUUGGUGGAUUUAAUGCAUUGAAAGUGCAGUGGAUUAUGGACAUGGGUUUUGGAGGUUUGUUGGAGUUGAAGCGAAGAAGAUUGUCGCGUUCGUUAUGCUAUUGUGAUUCAACUUUGUUAUGUUAUGUUGUUAUGUUGUUAAUUUUCGCUUAG